GUGCCCGAUAAGUGUGCAUUCAAUAAUUAACAUUACUCUUGUUCAUUAACUUGUGUAUCUCGGGCCGUUGCGAACGUUUACUAAUAUAAAACCAUUUGGAAUACUUGUGAUUUAGUACAUUUAAAGUUAAUAGUGUUUUACAAAAUUUAAUGAGAUAAUGUGGGCGUGCGAGCCCGCGUUGACGUCAACCAUUCUCGGCAGCUACCAGGCUGCUGGGCCCCUGUUCGUGCAAGCUUUAGAGACAUUCUUCGCUGCCCACUGUGCCCUAGUAGGAGACCAUGUCUGGCCUGCUGAUGCCACAGAUGCUCUUCUUGAAGAUCCAAACUACGACUUCAUUGUAGUUGGUGCAGGAUCAGCGGGGUCUGUAGUGGCCAACCGCCUCAGCGAAGUGCCAGAAUGGAAGGUGCUGCUAGUCGAGGCUGGCGGGAACCCUACUUUAGGCACUGAGGCACCGCAAUUGGCUUAUUCAAACGUAGGAACCACAGAAGACUGGAACUAUCGACCCGAACCUCAAGAAGGCGCUUGCCGAGCGUACAAAGGACAACAAUGCACGUGGCCUCGGGGCAAGACCCUCGGCGGAUGCAGCAGCAUCAACUUCAUGUUUUACAUAAGAGGAAAUAAACUAGACUAUAAUGAAUGGGCUGCCGACGGAAACUAUGGCUGGGACUACGAUAGCAUUUUACCAUAUUUCAAAAAGAGUGAAAACUUCACUGGGCCCAUAGAUGACAAUAAUGUAAAAUAUCACGGUACCGGAGGUUAUCUACACGUUGAGAAAACUCCAAUACAUCCGCUUGAAAGUCUUAUUUUAAAAGCCGCUUCGGAAACAGGCAUUGAAGUAAAAGAAGAUUUGAAUACAGAAAAUCAAAUAGGCAUUGCGAAAAGUUAUACAACCACUAAAAAUGGCAUUAGACAAAGCACGGCCAGGGCUUUUUUAAAUCCUUUAAAAAAUAGACCAAAUUUACAUGUAGUGAAAAAUGCAUUAGCAACUAAGGUUUUAUUUAAGCCUUCAUCCAACAUUGUUAACGGAAUAAUAAUAAAAAAAGAUGGUCAAGAUAUUGUCGUUAAAGCCAAAAAAGAAGUGAUCUUGUCAGGAGGUGCAAUCAAUAGCCCACAUCUGCUUCUCUUGUCUGGCAUAGGACCGCAAAAGCACUUAAAGGACGUAGAUAUCGACGUAGUUGCCGACAUACCGGUCGGAGAAAAUUUGCAAGAACAUGUAUUCAGUGUUAUCUUUUUUAAAGCGCCGACUGAUGAAAACCAAUCCGGUUUUACUUCGAAAGAAAACAUCGUUAAACAUUUCAGUGAAUUUGUGUUACAACAGUCUGGAAUAUUCGCUGAUGUCAGCCCUCAUUUGAUUACGGCGUUUGUAAAUACAACGGAUUCUGCUGCCACCAGUCCUGAUAUGCAGUAUCAUUACUUAUUCUUUCCACCGGGUAUAAACAAUGUAAUAGACAUGUUUAGGAAACACAACCUUAAUGACGAAUUUUGUGACUAUAUGGCUGACAUGAAUAAGGAAAAUACUAUUUUGGUAGUUUAUAGCACUGUUCUCCAACCAAAAUCUAAAGGACGGAUUCUUCUUAAAAGUAAAAAUCCACAAGAACAUCCUCUCAUUUAUGCUAACUUUUUUGAUAAUUAUGAUGAUAUGCGAACGCUUAUUAAAGGAAUGAAGCAAAGUAUGGAGUUGGGUAAGACGAAAGCUUUCAAAGAUGCUGGCUUUGAAAUAAUGUGGCCGAAGUUAAAAACUUGCGAUCGAUAUGUGCAAGGCACUGAUGAGUAUUUGGAAUGUUACGCAAGAGAGUUGACUUUUUCGUUAUAUCAUCCAACCAGUACAACAAGAAUGGGUCCUGACAAUGAUAAAAGCGCCGUGGUUAAUCCAGAGUUGAAAGUCCGGAAAAUAAAAGGUUUGAGAGUUAUAGACGCGAGUAUCAUGCCAAAAGUUUUAAGAGGAAAUACAAACGCGCCAACUAUAAUGAUAGGAGAGAAAGGAGCUGACUUAAUUAAGAAAGACUGGCUACAUAAUCAUAGUGAACUGUAAACUAAUUUAUUAUUUAAGCAUUAA